AUGGAAACUGACGGUCGUAGUUACAUAUGGUCCGAACUACCUCGAUUACCACGAAGCCUUUCCCCGCCGUCGCAGGUCCCCCAGCCACGGCAUUCAGGCGGCAAGAGGAGAGCACACACUCCCCUAGAUGAGAUCCUUCGAACGGCCCGAGCAACCAUAGCAUCCGGCGUGGCCAGAUCCGACUCAUUGCGUAUUCUAUCCAACUAUGACGACCUUAGCGACGCAGAAAAGGCCAUCCCCGAGCAGUGGAUGGAGGCAUAUAUAGAGUGCACCCGCAUGAAAGAUGCGGAUACCCCUGAAACCCGGAGAGCUGCUCUCGAUGAGUGCAUUAAGGACCUUUGGGAUAUCGCCUUCAACCGUUGGAACAGCAACAUGACGGUUCCUCUCCCAGUCUCUGCCGCCAAGCGUCAAGCUGGGCAUACGACCAUGGCCGUCGGCACUUUGAGAGAGGACGCCAGCGCGUCCGCUGAGAACAGGGCUCGCCAGAAGCAGGGCCAUGCUAUUCCCGCCGUCCCAGAAUGGCGCCGCCGCGGUGCUACUAUCCACCUUAAGGUGAACCUAAAUUGGGAGGGAAACGACCUGACAUUCCCUUUUGUGGAUGUGAAGGGGGCGUCCUUCCAGGCGUCCAUCAAGUACGACCUGGCGGAGAAUAUCACCAUCGAAUACGCCAAAGGGCUUCUCUCCACCAGUUGGGACAAGGCGGAGCUUAGCCGCCUCGCAAAGGCGAACACCUCCCUGAUGGUGUACUGGUGCCGAAAUGCCCUGCUCAAGUCCCUACGACACGAGGCCCGAUACCCCAACCCGAGAAGCCCGAUGCCCGCUAGCGCCUUUCCCUCGGCGUCAGCUCCCUCUUCCGCCGACAACAGCGCCACAGCCAUCCCGCGUGGAAGGCACAACCCCGAUCGGACACCCGACCAGCGAGGGGUCACCAUUGACGAAAGGUCUCCCGAUUUUUCCAAGCUCGCCCACAUCGAACUCUGCAAGGAUGUCUAG